AUGGAUGAUGACGUUGUAGCAAUUGUGGUGGACAAUGGCAGUGGAAUGUGCAAGGCCGGCUUUGCGGGUGACGAUUGUCCACGAGCGGUUUUCCCAUCCAUCGUUGGGUGGCCAAAACCUGGAAUCGUGGACAUGGACAAGGACAGCUAUAUUGGAAAUGAAGCACAGAAAAAAAGCCGCGCGCUGAAAUUGCACUACCCCAUCCACGAUGGCAUCGUCACCAAUUGGGAUGAAAUGGAGAAAAUUUGGCAUCACAUCUUCUACAAUGAGCUUCGAGUGGCUCCAGAAGAACAUCCAGUCUUACUGACCGAAGCAGCUUUGAACCCAAGGGCUAACCGCGAGAAGAUGACCCAAAUCAUGUUUGAGACCUUCAAUGUGCCAGCCAUCUAUGUCAUAAGCCAGGCUUGUUUGGUUUUGUAUGCAUCUGGCCGGCUUACCGGAUUGGUGAUGAACAGUGGCGAAACGGUGAGUGAAGCUGUGCCCGUUUACGAGGGCUAUCCUGUGCCACAUGCCAUUCUGGCUUUGGCCUUGGGAGGUCGCCAGCUCACGGAGUACAUGAUGAAGCUCCUGACUGAGCGCGGUUACUCCUAUGGCACCAGCCCUGAUCGCGAGAUGGUGGGGGACCUCAAGGAGAAACUUUGUUACAUCGCCUUGAAUUUUGGCAAGGAGAUGGACACUGCAUCUGAAGUCAGGGAGCUUGAGAACCACUAUGAAUUGGAGGACGGAGACACCAUCACCGUGGGUACCCAGCGUUUUCGCUGUCCAGAAGCCUUGUUCCAACCAAAGCUGAUGGGCAAGGAGGGCAGCGGCAUUCAUGACACUACCUUCCAAUCCAUUAUGAAGUGUGAUGUGGAAAUCCAGAGGGAUUUGUUUGCAAAUGUGGUACUUUCUGGUGGCAGCAGCAUGUUCCCGGGCAUUGACAAGCGCAUGAGCAAGGAGCUGGCUGCUUUGGCACCUGACAUGGACAUCAAGGUGAUUGCUCCCCCGGAGCGUAAGUACACUGCCUGGCUCGGUGGUUCCGUCAUGUGCUCCCUGACUUCUUUUGAGGAGAUGUGGAUCUCGCAGAGCGAGUAUGAUGAGUCUGGUCCUGCCAUUGUCCACGGAAAAUGCUACGGAGCAAACCCGUCCUAGUCGGGUUUCCGGCUUUGCGGUGCUGUGAGUUUCCCAAUGUGCAAACUUAAAUGCACGUGCUUUUAAUCGAUUCAUGCAUUGGCAGCCUUGGCUGUGUCGCAAAGGGUGCCCAGGUUCACAGCUUGCGGGCGGCUCGGCGAGUG